CUCUCGUCCUAAUUUCCUCGUCUCUCUCAUUUUGCCUCCCCCCAAGCCCCCCAACUUUCUGUUUGUAGCUUAGAUUUUCAGAUAGCAUUCUCUCGUAAUCUUCAAAUCAUUAAGCUUACAUCCUUAUCCUCUCCAGUCUCUACCCGCAUCUCCUCUAAAACACUUCCCCACCGGAGAAUACAACAGCCAACUCACCAUCAACCAUGUAGCGCCCAUACAAUGCACCAAGAAACUAUCCAUUUCCUCUCCUCCUCCACUAAGCCUUCUUUCUCUCCCUCUUCCUUCCUUCCAAAAUCCAGUUUCUUCCCUCCCCACCAUGAUUCUCCCUCACUUUCUCGCUCAAAAAACCAACUGUUCCAUGUAUUCUCCCUCAAAGCCGCUAUCUCUCUUCCGCUUAAAUCCCAUACUACUCCAGAACUUUCCUCCAUGUCGCCCCCGAGUCGUCCAGUACUCCAGCAGCCUAAUCCUCGUCGUUCCCAAUUCCAGGAGAAAAUGCUCUACCUCGAUUCCAUCGGCCUCGACUUCUUCUCCCUCAUCAACCAGUACCCUCCGAUCGUCUCCGCAUCCCUCUCUGACGUCAAAUCCACCGUCGAUUACAUGACCUCCCUGGGUUUCACUGCCAUCGAGUUCCGCCGAAUCGCCGGUAUGUGCCCCGAAAUCCUCACCUCUCGAGUCUCCGACAUAGUCCCCGUAUUCACCUUCCUGCUCCGCGAGGUCUGCGUCAACGGCUCCGAUCUCAAGCGCGUCAUCAACCGACGGCCGAGGUUGCUAGUCUGCAGCGUCAACCAACAACUCCGCCCCACCCUAUACUUUCUCCAGAGUAUCGGCAUCUACGAGUUAAACAAGCACACGUCUUUGCUCUCCACUAGUGUCGAAGAAAAGCUCAUACCCAGAAUCGAGUACUUCGAAAAAAUUGGGUUUUCGCACCGAGACGCGGUAUCCAUGUUUCGGAGAUUUCCGCAGCUAUUUAAUUACAGCGUCAAACAUAAUUUUGAGCCGAAAUUCGAUUACUUUGUGGUGGAAAUGAGAAGGGAUUUGAGGGAGCUGAAAGAGUUUCCGCAGUACUUCUCGUUUAGCUUAGAGAAUAGGAUCAAGCCUAGGCACCAGUGUUGUGUAGAGAAGGGUGUGUGCUUUCCUCUCCCCGUAUUGUUAAAGACGAGGGAGGCGCAAUUCCAAGAGAGAUUGGAGGUAUGGUGUAAUUCUUCUAUACCAUUGAGAACUUCCCCUUUGUGGUAUACAAAUUGUCAUAUUCAUUCAAAUGUAUAGAGUAAAUUUAGAUUUAAUUUGUCUUUGACUCUUUGCCAAGUUUCAAUUGGUUGACGGUUGCGCAAUGUGCAUUCUGCAAUAUAACACGAAAAGCACCUUGAUGAUAUAACAUGUUGGGACACCACUCCAAACGUAGAAGUUUUGAGAAAAUUAUUUUAGAUAAACUAUUUAAGUAAAUAGCUUGAUGUUGUUUCUUGGGCUAUCCCUGUUUCUCUCAUCAAUAAAGUUCUCAUUUACCGAUUAAAA